AUGUCGUACAUGCGCACGAAGGAGGUGUAUCGACUGAUAAAUUCACUGGUCGAGCACCCCGACCGAUGCAGUGCGAUCAAAACAGUCUGGAUCGGUAUUGGAGACCGGUCGAUUGGCCCCUUUCGGUCAUUUGCUGUGCGCAUGGUGCAGAAGCUGCCCCGAGUCGAGUUUCUCAGACUCUGGGAUUGUCGAUGGGAGAGUGGGCAACUGCAUGCCCAGGUUUUCCUCCAUAUCACUCUCACAUUUGGGUCGAUAACCAAGCUCCAACUCUUGGGUGUGACCUUCCCGUCUGCGAUUGUGUUUGGACGGCUUGUACGUGUGCUCCCUCGCCUCUCCUCCCUCAAGUGCUGGAAAGUGCACUUCAAGACGAGCGAGCUGCCCAGCGAUGACGUGUUUGACUUCCUUGCGUCGAUCGACGUUCACCUUCGCCAUCUCACGUGCUAUGAAAACGACCUGCAGAAGCUGUCGGACCUGCUCCCUGUAACUGCCAAAUCGCUCUUGUCCCUCAAGAUAUGGCUACUUUGCAGAGCCCCUUCAAUGGAUCUGACGCCCGCUGUCAACUUGCGUGUUUUGGCCCUCGAUAGCCAUCUCGAAGACAUCACUGAGGCAACCAGUUUACUGUCUCGCGCAUCUUUGCCCAACCUAGUCGGGGUCACCAUGAAUUUGGAGCCACUCGAUGGGGCGACACUUGUCUCUGUCCAGGAUAGAUUGAACAGCAUCGACUCUUUUGCAAAGAUGGACCGCAUCCUCUCCGACCGUCAGUUUCCUGCUCUCCGCAAUGUCGCUUUUCUCCUUCGUUACGGUAUCCGGUUUUCUCACCCGCCGGAAGUCAUAUCCGAAGGCUACUGGCGCACCCUGCUUUCGUCAAAGCUUCCAGCCCUCCAUGCUAGUGGUCGCCUUCUGUAA